UUUUUUUUUUUUUUUGGAAGAACCCUAAUUUUCAUGGUUUCUCCUUUCCGUUGAUUUCUCCCCAAUCUAUAUUCCUCUAAUGGGUGCCGUAGUGAUCAAUCGAAAGCGCAGCGAAGAAUCCUUAAACUUGAGCCACCAAUCAAACGGCCCGAAUCUCCGACAUUCACCGUAUUUCCAAGCUUCGAAGAAACGAAGAUUCUCCUUUGGAAUCAUGUCUGACGAUUCCGGUAAGCCAUCUUCGUCUUCAAACCCAACAAUCUCGAGGAUUUCUAGGUACCCUGAUGCUAAAGCUCCUCUUAGACGAGAAAUUCACGCCCCUAGCAGAGCAAAUCUCAGAUACGGAUCAGCCAAAGCUAAGCCUAACGAUUAUUGCGACAAGGACGAGAUUACUCCGGGGAAUUUUUUCCUUCGCAGGUAUGAUAAUGCCAAGAGAACAGCUUUGGGUACUUUGAGAUUCUUUAAGAAAGAUAAAGAGUUGAUUGAUUUGGUCGAUGAGCCUGAGAAGGAAGCGGUUUCUGAUGAUUCAAGCGUUGAACUAGUUGAAGUUGUCGAUAGCGAUGAGGAGAAAUUGGUAGAGGAGGAGGAGGAGAAGAUGAAUCUCAAGCCUUCUACUUCUUCUUCUGAUGUUAGAAAUGGGAACAACGCCUUAAGAGUUGAUGACACUAGUACGAUGAUGGAUUCGUUGUCUUUAGGUAGAGAAAUGACUACAGAUGAUGCUUCGAGCCUCGAAGCCUAUAAAAAGCUUCUGCAAAGUGCUGAGAGGCGGAAUCCGAAGUUGGAAGCUUUGAGUUUUGAGAUUCUCUUGAAUGAGAACCGGUUGUCGCAUCUGCGCCAGUCUCGCCCAAAGCCUGUGGAAAAAAAACAUGUUGAGAAGGUGCCUCAUGAACCUUUUAUACCUCUCACAGAGGAGGAAGAGGCAGAAGUCUACCGUGUUUUCAGAAGGAAGGUCAUGGCUACUCAUGAAAGCUCGAACAUUGAUAUUACUGGAGAAGUUCUACAAUGCCUUACACCAUCUUCAUGGCUAAAUGACGAGGUUAUCAAUGUCUACCUUGAACUACUCAAAGAAAGAGAAACUAGAGAGCCCAAGAAGUACUUGAAGUGUCAUUUCUUCAAUACCUUUUUCUACAAAAAGCUCGUAAGCGACUCCGGUUAUAAUUAUAAUGCUGUCAGGAGAUGGACUACGCAGAGAAAGUUAGGAUAUGCCCUUAUUGACUGUGACAUGAUAUUUGUUCCCAUUCACAGGGGUGUGCAUUGGACUUUGGCAGUUAUUAACAACAGGGAUCACAAGUUCCUGUAUCUCGAUUCACUAAACGGAGUUGAUUCUAGGAUCUUAAAUGCUCUGGCAAAAUACUUGACCGACGAAGCUAAGGAAAAAAGUGGAAAAAACAUUGAUGUUACUUCGUGGGACAUGGAAUUUGUUGAAGACCUUCCCCAACAACAAAAUGGGUAUGACUGUGGAAUGUUUAUGCUUAAGUACAUCGACUUUUUCAGUAGAGGCCUGGGGCUAUGUUUCAACCAGGAACACAUGCCAUACUUCCGGCUAAGAACGGCUAAAGAGAUUCUGAGACUACGAGCUAACUAAAGCUGCUUGGGCUGUGUUUAUUUUUCGUAACCGAAGAUAUAUAUAGUAAUGAAAACCUGAUCUUCGUGGGACUGUAUUUUACACGAGUUGUUCAGUCAAACCGGUACGACCGCAGUUAAGAGCAAAAAUUAGAAGUUAAGCCGGUUCAAUUUUUUUGUUCUUCUGUUAACCGUAGCCAGUUCCACAAUCAACUAUUAUAAGUUUAUAACAGAUAACGUCUUUGAAAGCAAAGGUUUUCAUUAUAGAAACGAUCUGCUCUAUACAUUGUACACAAAUGAUACAAAU